UUUUUUCAAAAGUAUAUCCUACCACCGAGCGUGUCAACUGUGAAUCGUACCCCGUAUAACUUUCAAAUUUUAAAUAAAAUUGGGUUCGUUGUUUGUUGAAAUUCUUUCUGGUAAUUUGAAGCUGAAAUUUUCUUAUGUUGUUACUUCUUUUAGAUCUUGCAUCUAUUAUCUAUUAUUUGUAGGUCGAAUUCUCAUUUAUCCAAAUUCCAAAGUAAUAAUACUCCUAAAACUCAGUUUGAUUCGGUUGUUUGCUUCAGUUGUACAAUUCAAUUCUACCCACAUUUGUUUCUCUCAUUUGAAUCAAAUCCCAUCUUCAUCUUCAUUGAAUGAUCUAAAGUAAAAAGUAAAAAGUAAAAAGUAAAAGAUGUCGACUGGAAGUGAUUCUUCAUGGGUUGGCAAGAAGCCGUUAAGACGAGUUGGUGGCAUGUCUGAUGCUCUCUCCAUUGCUUCUGAUCUCGGCUUCCAUGUCUCUGCUUCUCCUCAGGAGGUGCUACAAACUUCAACAACUACUGGGGAAAAGAGUGAUGACUUGGUAAGGGUUUUGAGAGACCUUACUGCGGUCCAAAGGAAAAUUGCAGAUUUAGAAGUAGAAUUACGAGGCAGAAAGGAUGACAAGAAUGUGGCAUAUUUAACACAUGUGACCGAAAUGGAAAAGAAGAUAGAGACUUUAGCUAGAAUUACUACUAUAUUGAAAGACGUUAUCCAAAAUAAGGAUCGUAUCAUUGCUCGUCUUCAACAGCCAUACUCACUGGAUUGCAUUCCUGUGGAAGCAGAAUAUCAGAAACAAUUCUCGGAAUUACUAAUGAAAGCAGCAAGUGAUUAUGGUGCGUUGUCAGCAUCGGUUGCAGAUUUUCAGUGGAGUCAGAACUUUAAGGAACCGCCUUCAGUUUGGGCUGAUAUGCUGCGUCCAAUACCUGUUGCUCUAGCGUCAUGCACCCGGUUUUUUGAAGCCAUGUCAGCUAUGAGGGAAUCAUUUGCCACCCUGCAAAAGCUGAGGAUGGGUCGUUCUGCCAACUCCCUUCCUUCAACACCUGCUCGGAGUCACUCUCAGAGUGCAACAGGUGACUCUGAUUGUGUGACUCCGCCUCCUUGGAGAAACGAUUCAAGCUUUGAUGAAUUAGCUAAUAAGAGCACAAAGAGGCAAGAAGUGGAGCAGCAGGAAGGAGACGGUUUUAGUGAAGCAACCGAGUUAGAUAUUAGUAACCAUAGGAGGUUGUCCUGGCCUCCAGUUAAAACAACUGGGUAGUAAUUGGGUGUAUGUAUAAUAUAUAUAUAUAUAUAUAUAUAUAUAUAUAUUUUUAACUUCGAUUCUUUGUGCAGGGGUUAUGUUAUGUGCUUUCAAUUUGAGCAAUGUGAGUACAUGUUCUAUUGAGAAUAUUCUCGUGGGAAUUUUUGGUGUUUUAGUGGAGGCUUUUUGAUGAAGUCACCCAUAUUUCAUAUUUGUAUUUGGUCCAAUGUUACCCCGAAGAAUGAGAUAGCUGAUGUGUAAGGGUGACAAAUUAGCCAAAGUAAGGGCAAUGAAUUCUUAGAAUAAUAAUAUCCUCCUUGUCACUCUAA